CAGCUUUUCAUAACCACCUAAUUCGUUCAGCAAUGGAUUUUGUCCAAGAAUUUACGUUUUUUGAUGCCCAUGAUACGUCAAAGUCGGCCAUAGUGUACUCUGGGCACUUUGGGACCAAAGAUAGUACCGUCGGUCAUCCUAUCGCCUAUACAGUGCAGGUAGAACGGCGAAACAUCGCGGUAUAUGGAUCGCCGAGCACAGGUGGGCAAGUGCUUGUUGCUGGAUCCCUCGAAGGAAUUACCAGGAGUUACGCAUCACUUAGUGGUAUUGGUGGAUCGGGGUCAGCCAAGAAGGAAGGGCAUUUUCGGGGAGCAUGGUCGUUUACUGACUUUAAGGGAAACGCAUACAAAUGGGACGUCAAGGUCAUUAGAAACCAAUAUCGGCUAACGAAGGGCCAUUUAUAUAUCCUUAAGCCUAUCUCUGAGGACUUGCUUUCGCUAGUCAUUCUCACAAAGCAACUUGUACACAACCGUACCAGAAGCAGCGAGCAAAGAAAUACUCAGUCGUGAGUUUUUUUGAUACUGUAACC